CAACAGUCUCUAUUAAUGAUUCACAGAUUCAAAAAAUUUUUCUUUUUUUAAUAGACACUGGGUCACGUGAGUGGAACGCACAAUAUGGGUGCGAUAUUACGAUGAAGGGGGUGGAUAGCGUGCGAACCCCGGUCUUCUGUUGUGCUGAUUACGCUAGCCUACUUCACGAAAGUGGGGUUGGGUCAUUUUUGACUUGGUGGAGAGCUGGCGAGAUAGAGAAAAAAAUAAAAAAGAACAUAAGUCUUUGGUUCAUUCAGCGGAUGGUGUUACACAGCUGUCAUGAACGGAUAUGUUUUUCUAUGGAGAAAACGACCGAAAGCCCUGCGCACCGUGAAGAUGGAUUUUAUUUUGAGAUCUCCCAAUUAAUGAAUGUCUCUCAUCACUAAGCCUACCAGAGACUGUGUUUUGCUUAAGGUUCCCCAGUAGAGCCCAUUGGCGAAGAGGUGUCACGUGACUACGUUGAGCCAAUGUUCUUCUACGACGGUGUCAGGACCUUGUCAGAAAGUGAAAUAAACAUUGGGAAACGGCGAGAUGCAAAAAGCGACCUACUGCGACGGCUCGGCAAUUUACAGUGGCUUCCCCUAUCAAAGCGCAAACGGUUUAGGUUAUGAUGCCAAUCAACAGCAAUAUCUGCAGGCCCUUCAUGUGGAAAGUGAGUACCGUCGACCGGCUUGCUCCCUGCAGUCCCCUGGUGGCUCUGCAGCUCUGCACAAACCCAAUGAAAUUUCAGAAGGCUGUCAAAGGAGUAACGGAACCCAAGCCACAGUACCAGACAUCCCCGCCAACAACCAGCCCCCUACUGCCCCUCAAAGACCAGUUUCCCCCAAUGCUCUGAACCAAAUUACGAGCAAUGAUGCCACAAUCAACAGCACAGGGCAUGCUUCACCAACGCCAGCAACUACGAAACAAAUUUUUCCGUGGAUGAAGGAGUCCCGUCAGAAUAUAAAGCAGAAACCCUGUAGUAACAUUUCAGUAGAAAGCUGCGCUGGAGACAAGAGUCCGCCUGGUUCAGCUGCCUCCAAGCGCGCUCGUACUGCAUACACCUCUGCGCAACUCGUAGAGCUAGAGAAAGAGUUCCAUUUCAACCGCUACCUCUGCCGCCCGCGAAGAGUAGAAAUGGCAAAUCUGCUCAACCUGACGGAAAGGCAGAUUAAAAUAUGGUUCCAAAAUCGAAGGAUGAAAUACAAGAAGGACCAGAAGGGCAUUGGAAUGAUGCCCUCUCCUGGGGCACACUCUCCCCACAGUCCUGUAGCUCUGUCAUCUGGUGGCGGAGGUAUUGGGACUGGGUAUUUAAGUUCAAUGCAUUCUUUGGUUAACAGCGUGCCAUACGAUCCAUCAUCUUCAGUCUCUUAUAACAAGCCCCAGUCUAAUGCGUACAGUCUUCCCACGUCAUAUCCACCUCCUCUGAACAAUUGCCCGCCUCCUCAGAAGCGGUAUCCGGGGGCUGGUACAACGACGCCUGAAUACGACACUCACCAUCUUCAAGGAAACAAUAAUUACGGGACUCAAGUACAGGGUAGCCCAGUGUACGUUGGUGGCAAUGGAAGCUACUCGGAUUCUUUGGUGGGCAUGGGGGCUUCGGUUUUUGGCCUGACACAUUUACCGCACCCUCCUCAAGGCAACAUGGACUACAACGGCGCCAUCACCAUGGGAAACAGCCACCUUCAAGGAGCCUGCGAUCCAAACCCGUGCUCAUUUUCAGACCUUACUCCGCACUAUUCUCAGGGAAGAAUUCAGGAAGCGCCCAAACUGACUCAUCUGUAGUGUGGCCACAUGUAUUUCUUUCCCCGACUGCGUUACACUUCCAAUCGGUCCUUUUUUUGACGUAGCUCAGGCGAAGGUUUUUUUUGUUGGUUUAUGUAUGGACUAUUUUUCUUUCCUCAAAACAUAAACGUCCUCACAUCUUGGAAAUAUAUGUACUAUUUUAUUUGUUUGAAGGAAAACUGAAACAGGGUAUAAGAACGCAUAGAACGUAUAUGUUUUAUGAUUCUUUUAAUGUGAAUUUAAAUCUUCUAAAUUGUCCGCGUUUUUCUUUUCUGUUUUGCAUUUUGCACUUGUUUUAGAAUACGCAGGAACACGAUCGUUCCAAACGUUACCAAUCGUUCAGAGCCGGGAAUUCUCCAAGCCACAUCAGUACUGAAACGUUAAAUGGUCCAACAGGCCAGCUUGUUUAUUGAAAGGCAAUGUGUUCGAAAAUUUGUCCAUAUGUGCGAAUGCUAAUCAUUUUGAGCUCAAAGAGUCUACAGAGACAUUGAUUAAAUGCUCAUUUUAAUUGUUUGACAUUUUUACCCAAUGCCAUGCUGCUCAAUUUUCGAAAAAAUAAAAUAAAAUAAAUUGA